AACACUUACUUCUCAUAGAGGUCUCUUUAUCUCUAGAACUGUUAGAGCUCCAAUACAAAAAUAGCUAAGGAAAUUGCCAAAAUAAAAAAUCGAAGGAAACUGAUGUUGGAGUCGGCACGUAUUUUUUAGGAGGGGUGAUAGUGAGAGAGAGAGAGAGAGAGAGCGAGAGAAGGGGGCGAGGGAGAAGAGAGAGAGCGAGCAAUUAAUAGCAAGGAGUUGGCAGAGUGGUUGAGGAAGCUGGCAUGAUCCUCGGGAGGUUGGCAGUUCAGACUUGAGACGUCAGACAUGACUCUAGAAGACUGCUGAGAUGAUCAUUAAGCGAGACUUAUAUCGGAUGGCUGACGGAUCUGGGCAUCCAGGCAGAGGGUUGAGGACAAUGCUGGAUGCGAUGGAGGUACCGAGUCACGCUCGACAUUUGCUAAUGCAGCUCAACACGCAACGGACCAAAGGCUUCCUCUGUGAUGUUAUCAUUGUGGUACAGAAUGCUCUUUUCCGGGCACACAAGAAUAUCCUAGCUGCCAGCAGCAUUUACCUGAAAUCCCUGGUAGUUCAUGACAAUCUAAUCAACCUGGAUCACGAGAUGGUAAGCCCAGGGAUCUUCCGGAUUAUCCUGGAUUAUAUUUAUACUGGACGGCUAAGCGAUGGGGAUCAAGUGACUGAGCAAAACCUGAGUGCGGUCUUGGCAGCAGCAAGUUACCUGCAGCUCCUGGACCUGGUGGCCCUGUGCAAAAAGAAGUUGAAGCGCAAUGGGAAGUACAGUCACAUCCGCUCAGGAUACUCGGGCUAUCCUAAAAUUUCAAGAGGAAGUGGGGCAUUUCGUGCCUCCACUCCUGUGAUCCAGUCAUGCUUUUCAGGAGUGGCAGGGAACAAUCUCCCUAGGACACCCCUUGAAAUAGCACCCAUGGACUCUGUGCUUACACAUCCCCUAGCCACUCACACAGGAGAGCUAUAUGCCCCCUCCUCUCAGGUCAGUCAAAUAUACCACCAGACAGUGGGUACGCGGCUUUCUGAGAGAGAUUGUUCCCCACUUUACGGCUUAGAUUUGUCCAAAAAAUGUCAUGGCUCUCAAAGCCAGGUCUCUUCUCAACAUCCAGGCACCCACCCCCAUGAAGACACUGCUUCACUUAUGAACAGGGCUGAGCAGGCCCAGUUAGGUCCUGGCCGUGAAACCCCACCUGGUUCUUUGCUGGUGAACAACGGCAGCCCCUACUCCAGCAAAGAGCCCACCCCAAACUUCCAUAGCAAGAUGGAUAUUGAUGAGCACACUGUACCACUGUCUCAGAUGGCUGCCUCUCUUCACCCUCCCUCCUCCUCAUUAAGCCCUGAGCAGCAUAGUCAUAAUCAAGACCCAUUUCCUUGCGUGCCAAGCCCAGACUCAGACCUUCAAGUACAGUCUGACCUGGGACGGGAUGUUGAGGAUAGAGGAAGUGUAGGCGUUUACCGAUGGAUGAAGCACGAGCCAGGAGCGGGUUACCCUGAAGACGACGAGGACUGUGAGCACGAAAAGGAUCCUGGCCGGAGAGAAGAUAAAAAAUUGGAUGAUUCACUACCUCCUCCACAUGCAAUGGAAGGUGGCCGGCGGGGAUACUCGGCAUCUUUAGUCUGUGAUGUGGAAGAUGACAAGAGUGGCAGUAGUGAGGAAAGUGCCAGCAGUGAUGGCCCUUCCCCAUCCGGUAACAUUGAUCGAUUCCAUCUUUCCUAUGACCCUGAAUCUUUUGGGGACAACUUGUAUGUGUGCAUCCCUUGUGGGAAAGGGUUCCCCAGCUCUGAACAACUCAAUGCUCAUGUUGAGGCUCAUACAGAAGAAGAACUCUAUAGCAAAGACUCAGGAGGAGAGAUGGGAUGCACCAAUAACAGUGGUGGCAAUUCCUACCUGGAUAAGUCCAGUCCAAGUCUGGUGGGGGAAAUCAUCCGGCCGUACCGCUGCUCCUCCUGUGAGAAGUCCUACAAAGAUCCUGCCACCCUAAGGCAGCACGAGAAAACCCACUGGCUAACCCGGCCAUACCCUUGCAGCAUCUGUGGGAAGAAGUUUACGCAGCGUGGCACCAUGACGCGACACAUGCGCAGCCACCUGGGGCUCAAGCCCUUUGCCUGUGAUGCAUGUGGUAUGCGCUUCACUCGGCAGUAUCGGCUGACAGAACAUAUGCGUAUCCAUUCGGGGGAGAAGCCCUAUGAGUGCCAGGUCUGUGGGGGCAAGUUUGCCCAGCAGCGCAAUCUCAUCAGCCAUAUGAAAAUGCAUACAGUAGGAGGGGGUGCAGGUCCUGAUGGCAAGAUUAAGAUGGAUUUCAUGGAAGGCAUCUACCCACUGAGCAAGUAUGCAGCUGAGCACUUGGGGUUGAAGCAGGAGAAGAUGGCAGCUUCCGAAAUUCUGGCGCAGGCUUCACAGCACUUUCUUGGUGACUCAAAAGCAAUUGAGAGCCUAUAUCCACUCAGCAAGUUUGCAGUAGAGCAUCUGGGAAUCAACCAUGAGAAGGUGGCCUCUGAGGUCCUAAGUCAGGCUCCCCACCUGGUUGGUGAGUCUCGAGUCAUCGAUAGGUUCUCACCAAGCUAAGGUGGGAAAUGUUGAGGAUGGACUCGAAAUAGACUGUCCUUCUUUGGAAGAGACUCCAACUGUGAGCCACCCAAACAAAAUAUGAACAGCAGCUUUUUCUUUUGAAUGUUAUGAGAAAGCAAACCAAAGAACAAUUCAUUUAGGCUUAAUUUACAUUAUACAGUGUUUUAUAUGUUUCUACUUUUGUUAAAAGGAUCAUAAUACAGUAUUUUUAUAUCUCGACUGUUACUGAGCUAUAGAGCCAAGUAUGUUUUUUUUUUUCUAUGCCAAAGACUCUGCAGUCAACAUAAACCUGUGUAUAGCUUAUGGGAUUUGUAGAUCUAAGCACAUAGCCACCCUUCUCGGCUGUCAACAUUUGCACUCUCUGUCUACCAUAGGAAAUGCGAGCUGUGAACAAGCUGGAAAGAAAAGCCAGUGCGAUUACAGUCUGUCAAAAUAGUUUGGGACUUACUUUAUUUUUUCUUCUUUUUAUGGUUUGGAUACUGGAUUCCUGGGUAAUAUGUACAUUAAUUGAGCUCAAACUUCCACCAUGCACCCCUUUCUCCCUCUCUUCAGCUGUUAAAAAAAAACAGUGCAGCAGUGAGAACAGUAAGAUCUAAUGUCACACUUUGAGGUCCUCUACUCAUCACUGGUUGGCUCAUGCAUUUUUGAAAGCCACGACUGACUCUUAUGCAAUAUUUUGGACCUAAUCGGCUUUCAAAACUGCAGAAGCAGUCACAUGAACUAUAGUGUUCCAUAAAGGCAGCACACAGUCUUAUGGGUAUGCUUCUGCCCACACUCAGUGAGAAAUGCAGUAUUACACAAAAACCUAACCCACAAUAAUGCAAACCAUAAAGAAUAAGGUACAGACCAACUGAAUCUAACUUAAGCAGCUUAAUUAAUGAAUACAUGGAUACUUGGGAUGCAUGUAACUUAAGCAGCUUAAUUAAUGAAUACAUGGAUACUUGGGAUGUUUCCCUCUCAUACUGUAUACACACACACAUCUACCUAUCUCAAUAUACUGUAUAUGCAGCAUAUCAUGCAGGAUUGGUUUAUGUGCUUGGUGGUGCAGUGGCUGGUUCCAGCCCCUUGCAACCCAUUUUUGAAUUUGUUCUAAAAUUUCCAGUGCUUUAAUAUUGCUACAGUAGACUGCAAUUAUAAUGCCCUGGCACCUUAAUCAGGGGUUAUCAAGUUAAAUGCAUACCACCUUUCCCCAGAAAUGAUUACAUUUUAUAAACUGUAAAUUAAGGAAAAAAAAUCUGCUUAUUUUAAAUUCCACAAACAGAAAAGAAAUUAACAUAACACUAAAAGACCAAAGAGUUUUCCCUAAUUACUUUACAAGUCUUUUCAAGCUAAAAACACUGUCAGCCAUCUAACACUGAAAAAGCGUGUCUGUCCGAUUUGCCCAUCCACAAAGUUGUGCAUAUCUCCACCACAUUUUGCAGACUCCUCAUUUGUUUAGGCUGUUUUAUUCAGAUUUCAAGCUGAAUUAAUUUUUCAAUUUGAUAUUUGGUUAAGGUGUUCAGGGGCAAGAAUUGCUGCAAACUGUGACAUAGAGACAGUGUUUUACUUUUUAACCUCUGCAAUGAAGAUUUAUUUAAAAUAUACAAUAUCUGUUGCCCUUGCUGGGCUUGAGAGGCCACCCAACUUCACCAAACAAUAUAAAUUAAGAACAAAUCAGUCACUGUUCGUGAAAUUCAAAAAACAAAAAUCAAAAUACUCAGUGGUCGCCUACAUCCAAUGCCCUUUAUGCAAUUUGUGGUUCUCCUGUUGACCAGUCAGAAGUUUUUGGUCAGAUGGCUAAAUUACUAGAGGCAUAGCCAGUUCUUUUUUAGGAAUGCGUCAGUAGCAGAUGUCAGUAUUUUUAGAUUUUUUUUUUUUUAAUUUAAUUGGACACACUGUAUUCUACUACUAAUGCUGUUGUUAUCCACAUGUAAAAGUACAGUAGUGAGAGGUUGUGGUAAGACAUAGUUAGAAAUACAAGUUACUUAAAAACAGACCUAAUUUAACUAGGAUUUCUUCAUCCCUGCAUGUGCAACAGCCCAGGAUUUGUCCAGUUUGAAGAACCCACUCCCUGGCAGGCGUCACAGCACAUGUCUGUAUUUCACGCAGCAUUUUAACAUGUAAUUAGGCUUGUGUGCCUGAAUCCCAGAAGCCAUAGGAGGGGUUUCGAUCAAACACGUUACUUCCCAUUUGGCAAGCUCUUUCUGACUCUUUGACAAACAGAAUGCCAGAUGCUUGUGUAAUCCGCGUUAAAUUGUGACCUCUCAUUCACAGCAUUGAUUUUCAAAACUGAGAUUUGCACAUAAAUACACACUACAGGAGAGUCUGGUGCCAAUAUACUGGAGUGCAUCCACUGUUCCCUUUGCCUUUUAACCAAGUUUUGUUCAAUCUGCAAAACAGGGGAAUAGCAGAGCAGUUAAACCAUAGUUUCCGUUUCUUGCGCCAGAUGCGAUUGUAAACCCAAAAAAUGUUUUUUUCCUUAUUUUCCCUUGAGAGAUUAGCAGAUCCUGAGCAAUUACUUACUAUAUCUCUCAAGAAGCCUCUAACUAUAGAGAUCUCAUGCAGUGAAAUUCCUUCAGAUGAUGCAAACCAAGGCAGCAGGCAGCAGGCAGCACACUUGCCACACUAGCCCAACCCCAGCUCGUGGCUUCCUGGGUGUGAGUAUCCACUGUGACCACAAAGGUUUUUCUUUUUUCUUCAUUUCUUUUACUUUAUUACCAAAUCCUACCGUUUCACCAAGGAGGUUUGAACAGCAAACCUCUGAUGAAGUGAUACCAUGGAAGGAGGUGAGGGUUAGUGGAGAAAAGAGAGAGAGAGAGAAACACAAGGCCAAAUGCUUUCUUCACUGCCAUCUGACAACCACAGGUGAAUAGGCUACAAGAAAAGAUAAUGAGGAAGGGCUGGACUGCUGACUCACUCCUCCGAUAGUGCUCUUUGUGAAUGGUUUUCUCCAGCCAAUCUCUUUGCUCUCUCUGUAGGUGUUAAGGUUGCAGUCUGUUAGAAUCUUUUGCAAUAACAAGUCCCUUUUUGGUGCAAGUUAAUUUAUUCUGCAAACUUAAUGAAGAUAGCUUUAUAUACCUAUGGCCUCAGAAAGUUUUUUCCUUGGGAGGUAUAAUGAGGCUUGAGCUACAUUAUGCUCUGGCCAAGGUGACAAACCAAGUUUUUAUAGAUUAGGAAUUAUUAUCAUUAUAAACAAGCAACAGGAAGAACAUGUCAAUAAGAAAUACAACGCUCUACUUCUGAAAUGUUUGGGGAAUGUCUAGCUAUACAGACAUAAAUUGAAAUCAGACUCCUUAAGGUUCUGGCCAAUAAUUAAUUCAUUGGUUGCCUGCUUUCAGUUUUCUCAGUUAAACAUGUCUGAUUAAAAUUCAUACCACUUUUUGCCUUUCUCCGUGUUGGAAGGAAGGUCAAAAAGCACUUUUUUUUUAGAAGCGAGUAGAUACUUGUUCCUCCCUUUUGCUUAAACUUUGCAUUUAUGUGAAUAUUUAUGCAAAAUGAGUGCUGUUGAAAGAAAAAUGAAACAUAAAGCCCACUCAAUAAGAGCUUAAGGGCUGUCCAGUCAUAGCAUGACCAGUCUGUCGAUUGGCACUUUAUCAUCACCUGAAAGCCGUGAUGUACCUACGCACUGAAUUUUGUAAAACAGACAUAAAAUGGCCAACACAUUGUUAAAUACCCACUUCCUCAAAUUGCAUUUUGUUUCAAUAACAUUCCUACUCUUACUCAGUAUUUGAAAGUGGAAAUGUUUGUGAAGUAUUACUAAAAGCUCAGUAAAAAAAAACAAAUAUAGUAAUAUCCGUUUUCACUGUUCAAUGCUGAAGAAGGGAGAAUCCAUAAAUAAAAGUCAAACUAUCCUGCUGCAAGGAAAAAACAGAUGAUGUUUGUUUUUUUUUUUUUUUAGCAGGGGAGCAUGUUAAAUUGUACAGGCUGAUAUCUAGCAAUUAAUCACUCUGAGUUACAAUUUCCAAAAUCUGGUUGGCAAUCAUGGUCAACCAUCUAAAACACAAAAAAAUAUGUGAAUAGCUAAAAUACAUUUUGACAGCCCCAAAAUUGUUAUUUUAAUAAACCAUUUGAUACAUUUUUUAAUUUUGAAGGAUCUAAUCUCAAACUGGUUCAAUUCCAUGUUAGACACCAUAUAUAGAUUUUUAAAAUUAAUAUCAUCUGAGAUAUCCAUUAGAAAACAGAGUGGGGUUUGAGAAACAAAGAUCUAGAAUUUCCUCAUGGCAAGAACUGCUAACAGAAGUAGAUAAAGGGACUGUGGAGAGGGACGGGACUGCUCGUGUUAACUACUGUACAGGUAAAGACGAAAGGUGGGGUUUGGGGUUAGACAUCAAGUGGCAGCACUAUAUAGGACACAGAAAACCAAUAUCUGAUUACAGGAAAUAAAAAGUAGGUGGCAGUAACCCAUUUGUUAAGAAAAACCGCAAGCCUAAAUGACUUUUCCCUAUUUGUCAUCUUUGAGACUUGUCAAGCAAAAAACAAAAAAAGGUGCAGUAAUCACCAGCACUCUAAAGCAGGGCUGCAAAGGCUGAAGGUUUUUGUUCCAACCCAGUUGCUUAUUAGAAACCAAUCCUUGCCUCUAACAGAUGUUAUUUAAUUUCAUGGAUCGUUAAUGUUUUAAUCCUGCAAUGUCUGGUCAAUCUUAUACUGCAGAUAUUUUUAUUCCUUUCUAAGGAUAUCAUCCAAAUGAUUUCAAGCCUAAAAUUCUCAGUCCUUCACUUUUUUUUCUGUUGUUUCCUUCCAAAUGUUUUUUUAAACCAGAUAGUUCACAAUGAAUACACUUAGGUGUAAAUGCAUAACCGCUAGGUCAUCUGCAUCUUAUUGCUAAUAAGGAACGAUUAAAAACUGAGAAUGCUGCAGUUUAAGACUAAAAUAAGCAAUUAAUGGUGGGAAAUGUUAAAUAUCACUUGAGCAAUAAGUGGCUUCCUCAGUAAUCGCUGAUUUCUCAUUUAGCAAUUAGGUUAGAACAAAAAAGUGCAGACACUGCUGCCCACCAGGACCACCGCUGAUCAUCAGGUCUUUCAACAGCUGUGAAAAAGGGGGAGGUCAGUAGGGGGUUUGCCUUGAGGGAAAUGAGGGUGCGCUGUAUUCAUUGGAAAGGAAUCCAGUAUUCUUAGUAGCAUGUUAUUCUGAGGGUGGGACAUAUUUCUUGUUCUUUUUAGUAAAUAAGGAACAUAAAAGUGAAACUUAAGAAUACCUCAGGACACAAGACUUAAUGUUACAAAUUUACGAAGGUGAAUGUUUUUUGUGUUUAAAGAAAGAAAUCAAAACAAGCCAAAGCUGUCUUAACAGAGUAUUACAGGAUAAAGGGUAUCUUGCCACUUAUUUGCAACCUUUGAAUUCUUAAAAAUGUUUAGCAUCUUUAAAAUUUUAUUUUUUACAAAUAUGCUUUCACAAAGAAGUUUUGUAUUGUUUAUGUAAUUUUAUUAACUUUAAGAUGAAUUCAACCUUUAAAAUAUGAAAUACAAAGUUUCAAAGGGA